GGGCGUAGCAAAGUGACAAAACAAGUGUGACAGUCUUGAAGAGACAGAAAGUGGACGACAGAGCGACAGAGUGUAGUAAGAGAAGUCCAGAGGAAAAAAUGCUGAACAAGGGAAGCUGACAGCAUCACACACACGGACUCACACACACAGUGUAGUUUUCAUGCAGAAUGGCAUCUACAACUAGCUCUCAGGAAUACACAGAGUGUGAACCAGAAGACACACUGUGUGAGGUGCGUAUGUACGAGCAGGAAGUGAUCAUCGUACCUGUGCUGCUGUUGCUCAGUUUUGUCGUGACACUCACAAUCCUGCUGCUGCUGCGCUUCUGUCCUGAAAAAGUGCACCGUGUGCGCCCUAGAAACGUGCCCAGAGUGAGCCGCGGCCCCACCAGGAUCAUCAACGGGAUCGACGCUCCCCCGGGUCUGAAUGCUUUAGAAGGAGAGAGUAUAGCGCUAGAUCUCUCGUCGACUUACUCCACGUUUACGACGUUAGUGCGUGGUGGUGGACCUGCACGUGGCAUUGAUAAUCCUGUGUUCGGUGAUGCUGCGCUGCUGAACCCGCGUGAGGCCCCGCGCCAGCGCCUGCCGGAGAAGUUCAAGCUGGUGACGUCACUGCCAAGUUCGUUUGCGCUGAAGUCAGACAGCAAGGUGUCUCUCUACAGAGCACGCAUGGAGAACCGCAAUGUCGUGCUGCACGUGCUCACUGACUCAGCAAGUGAGACCGAGUGUCAGUCCUUCCUUGGCUUUGCGUCCUUCCUGUCUCAGUUAGGUCCUCACCCGUUCCUGCCCGAGCUGAUUGGCGUCGUUACGCUCCGAGCGCCGCUCAUCAUGGUCAUGGAGGAACUCGAGAACCAGGACUUGCUCAGCUACCUGUGGAAGUGCAGACAGGCAGGACCUGACUCUGGUGUGAUGACAGAGAGGCAGAUCUUCACUAUGGCCUCUCAGGUGGCCUCCGCUUUGGAGUUCCUGCACUCCAAAGAUCUGAUUCACGGAAACAUCAGAGCCCGCAGUGUAUUAAUUACCCAGAUGCUAACGGCUAAGCUGUGGGGUCUCGGCGAUGUAUACACAAGAAAAACGUACGGCUUAAGUUACAAAAACGAUCCCGGAAAGAAAAAAUGGCAGGCGCCAGAAAUCCUGGCUAACAGAGAAGUGAGCCAAAAGAGUGACGUGUGGUCGUUCGGCCUGCUGCUGUAUGAGAUGGUGACUCUUGGUGAGGUUCCGUUCGCUGAGGUUCCCGUUAACGAGCUGCUGCAGUUUCUCCAGAGAGGAAAAUCACUGAAGAAGCCACACGGCUGCUCCAGCUCACUCCAUACCAUCAUCAAAGGCUGCUGCCACUGGAAGGAACAAGACCGCUUCUCAUUGGCCGAUCUCAGACACAAACUCCAAUCAGGAGAGAAGAGUGCCAACGACAAGACUUUUCUCCGGGCGUCUCAGCCAAUCAGCAUUCAGCAUUACAUUCAGGAGGCGGGAUAUGGAGAGGCCUACACCGUUUUCUAAAAAUGUUGAAUUACCUUUAGGAUUUGGAAUAUGUUAUAGCCAAAAAGGACAUAUUUGACCUUCGACCUUUUUUUUACUUCCUCAGUACGCCCAGAGUGAUGGUAUAACCCUAAUUUACCACCAAUAGGACAAUCCAGUUGAACCUGCACCAUUGAAAGAUGGUACAACCCAGAUUUUUACUGGUUUACUCCUCACACAUCACAUAACCAUAGGUACAAUCCAAUUUACUCUCCAGAAAGAUGGUACAACCCCAUUUACCCCCGCCCAUGUGCCUUGGGAUAUUGGUACAACCCUGAUGAAUAUUAUUACGCCAUAGUGUAGCAGUUUAUAUUAAUGACAGUUUUACACUGUUGUAUACAUAUUUUUAAAUAAAUCACAUUGCAAUCAAUGUUCUUUUUACUUGGUAGGUAUAGCAGUAUUUCAGUUUUAGUUUUUGGUGCCAAUUUAAUUAAUUCCAGCUUUAGCAAAUCGAACACCUGAUUCGGUUUGUUAGUUUCUACACAGAUCUUUUCAGCUUUUCUAAAAGGGUCAUAUUGUAUUUUGUCAAAAAUUUGAAAAAUUAUAAUUAAAAAAAACUGUGAACAUUUGUCUUACCUGAAGAGACGGAAUAAAAGAACACCAAUCACAUAGCA